UCCAUCUGCUUUAAAAGGAACAGGUUUGCUGCAAAAACGACACUAACCCAAACCAAACUCAAAUCAAUUUCUAUAGAUUCCCCUUCUCACCAUUGAUCUACUACUGCAAAGUUCACUCUCAACCCUCCCUCAGCUAGCCUUUUCAGGAGAUCGAACUGAUCAGUUGGGGAUUGAUCAUAUAUAGCACUCAUGUCUGCAAAUCGUAAGAGUAAAGACUAUACAGUUAUUAAUAUCGGCAAGAAAUGCAAGAAAUGCAUCUUCAGAGUUCCUAACGUGCUCCGGAGACAAAACUCAGAAGCAUAUACACCUGACGUUGUUUCAAUCGGACCUUUUCAUUAUCGAGAAAAGCGAGGUAAGGAGGAAGGUAAAGGUGGCAAAGAAGGCAAAGGCGAGGGAGAUUUCCAACUCGUGGAACGAGUGAAAGAGAGCUAUGUGAAAGAAAUUCUCUCAGAUAUGAAGAAUAUAACUUUGAAAGAGUUGACCGCAGAAGUCAUCAAGCUCUCAGAUCAAAAGAAUGAAGGCGCGUUUGAGCAACGCGCGCGCGAUUUUUAUGCAGAACCACUUGAUCAUAUUUCCUCUGAAGACUUCAUCGUGAUGAUGAUAGUUGACGGUUGCUUCCUAAUUCAACUGUUUCGGAAGUGUAACGAUCCGAAACUCAGGGCCUUUGAUGACCCAAUAUUCAACAUGGAUUGCAUGUUUCAUUUCCUAUGCCAUGACAUUUUGCUCCUAGAGAAUCAACUACCUUGGUUUGUUAUCCACAUUUUGUAUGACCUUACCCAUGAUAUAUACCCUGAUGAAGCUUCCCUCUCUACUGUCAUCAUGAAAGCGCUCAGCAUACUACCAUCACUGAAGCAAAGUUGCUCAUCUUAUAAUAAGCAUCUCCGCAGACACAAGCAUCAUUCUGAUAUUGAUUAUCUGCACAUACUUGAUCUGGUAAGAGCUUCCAUAGUUGUUCCAUUAAGGACCAUAGAAGAGAGAGCGCAUAAAGCAGCUGAAAACCCUGAAGAGCAUGGAGUGCACUCUGGGAACAAAGACAAGAGAGACAAUAUUAAAGUUGUUCAUGAAGCUAUCUUUGACCCAGAUCUACAUCAAAUUCGUACAGCAACCAAGCUCUCAAAGGCAGACAUCAAAUUCAGAAUGGUAAAAAAGGAGAGCAUAAUGGAUAUCCGAUUCGAGGAGGGUGGGUGGUUCUGCAAUGGGAUUCUUGAGAUUCCACAACUAAACGUUGGAAUGUCAUCGGAAACAUUAUUCAGGAACCUCAUUGCAAUUGAACAAUGCUACCAUGGUUAUUCAAACGAGAUAACAUCUUAUGCCAUCUUUAUGGAUAACCUCAUCUCUUCAAAGGAAGAUAUGGAAUUGCUUGGCAAGGAAAAAAUAAUAGGUAAUUGGAUGAGUGAUGAAGAUGGUUGUAAGUUUUUCAACAACCUUUACAAGGACAUCCCGCAUAACAAGUUCUACUAUGUUGAGCUGUGCAAAAAAUUGAAUGAUCGUUACAGAUUGAAACGGUAUACAUGGUUGGCUUUACUCAAGAUGGAAAAGUUUUCUAACCCCUGGAGAGCUUUGGCUUUUGGGGUAGCUAUUAUCGCUUUGACUCUCACCGCGUGGAGCUCGGCAAACAACAUUCGGGUUAACUGGAAUAAGUGAAGUUUACCAGCUAACUAGUUAUUCACAAUUGCACGCGCCUCACUUUCUUUGUGUGUGGUUGUUGUUGUUUUUGAGAUAUUUGAAUGUAACUCUUAAUAUAUGUCAUUUUAAUUACGUUGACGGUAA